AGUCAAGUCGUGCUGGACUGGCGCGAUAUCCUCGCACGGUUCACAACUCAAAGAAGACCCGACUCGCGCCUAAUCAUGCUUUUAAAUGAUGGAAUAUGCUGAUUUUAAAAGUUGACCAGGGAUUUCUAGUUGUGGGGUGUCUGCGAGGCAUGGCUUUCAUUUUAACUUGCUUAUUUCUGUCUUGUUACAGUGCGAGCAGUGUUUGGGGAAAUCAACACAGUGAUACCAGUAUCUAUUUGGAUAACAUCACGCGUAUAUUGGAUAGAUUACUGGAUGGCUAUGACAACAGGCUGCGACCUGGAUUUGGAGGUCCCGUUACAGAGGUUAAAACUGACAUCUUUGUCACCAGCUUUGGACCUGUGUCAGAUGUUGAGAUGGAAUACACCAUGGACGUGUUCUUUCGUCAGACAUGGAUUGACGAACGCUUGAAAUUCGAGGGCCCCAUCGAGAUCCUGCGGCUCAACAACCUGAUGGUCAGCAAGAUCUGGACUCCGGACACCUUUUUCCGGAAUGGCAAGAGGUCGAUCUCUCACAACAUGACCACCCCCAACAAGCUGUUCCGCAUCAUGCAGAACGGAACUAUCCUCUACACCAUGAGAUUAACUAUAAAUGCGGAGUGCCCCAUGCGCCUGAUGAACUUCCCGAUGGACGGCCAUGCCUGCCCGCUCAAGUUUGGGAGUUAUGCUUAUCCCAUCAGUGAGAUUGUGUACACAUGGAAGAAAGGUCCUCUUUCUUCCGUCGAGGUGCCGCAGGAAUCGUCCAGUUUGCUGCAGUACGACCUCAUCGGUCAGACGGUGUCGAGCGAGAGGCUAAAGUCCAAUACAGGUGAAUACGUGAUCAUGACCGUCCACUUCCACCUACAAAGGAAAAUGGGCUUCUUCCUGAUUCAGACCUACAUUCCCUGUAUUAUGACUGUCAUCCUGGCCCAGGUUUCUUUCUGGAUUAAUAAGGAAUCAGUUCCAGCUCGGACUGUGUUUGGUAUCACCACUGUGUUGACCAUGACCACACUCAGCAUCAGCGCCCGCCACUCCCUCCCCAAAGUUUCCUACGCGACAGCCAUGGACUGGUUCAUUGCCGUUUGCUUUGCCUUCGUCUUCUCCGCCCUGAUUGAGUUCGCGGCUGUCAACUACUUCUCCACCCUGCAAGCCAACCGGGAGAUGCGGAAGGCGGCGGCUAUGAAGGCGGCGGCUCAGGAGGCAGCGGCUGCAGCGGCUGUAGCGCCGGUUGCGGCCACAGGGAAUGAUGGAGAGGUCUCCUCAGUGGAUGCCAGUAACGUGCUGAAGAAGAGGAUGAACUCUGCUCCCCUGUUCGACCGCCCUGCCAAAACAUUUCCCAACCCACCUGUCAAUGCCCAAGCCUUCCUACAGCAGGGUUCAGCUGUGCCGGCCAACAACGUUCUGACUGGCACCAGCAUCAUCGACAAAUACUCCCGCAUUCUCUUCCCUCUCUCGUUUGGCGCCUUCAACCUGGUCUACUGGAUCGUCUAUCUCACCAAGGACACCAUGGAGAUGUCCAGGGAUGCCAUCUAAACCAAGAGUGUGUCGUCCUGGGAAUCACACACACGCACACAUACACAUGCAUACACUUGCACAGACACAGACAGACACACACACACACACACACACAUAUACAUACACAAUUAAUAGAUGACAGACGCUUGCCAAGCACUCUUUUAUGCCGCCUCAGUGCAUUGUAUUUCUUUUUAAGUACUCCCUUGGAAAGUGAGUUUUUUGAGAGCAGAUGUACCAGCUCCUAUUGCCAACUUGACCCGGGAGCUCACAGCCUGUGGGUACCAAGUCUCUGGAAACAUUUCAAGCAGGUACUACAUCUCUCUCUGUCUCUCUCUCUCUCUCUCUCUCUCUCUCUCUCUCUCUCUCUCUCUCUCUCUCUCAUUUCUUUAUUUCUCUUCCCCAAUAUUUAAAAAAAAAAAAGUGACAUGUUAUGACACUUUUUUCAGUGUCCGUCCUGUGUCCCCAUGCCCGAGUGGAUGGGGAAAUAUGUGAACAGCUAAGCUAGCUAGGCUGCAGAACCAGAGGCAGAGCCAUUACUUUGUUUCAUGUAUGUAUUUCUGCGUGCCUUUUCACACACAAGAGCGAAAUUUUCACGUGUGUUUGAAAUGACACAUUC